AUGUUUCGACGCCAAGUUUGCGCGCGGAAGGGGUGUGGGACGGGGGUGAAGACGUUUUCGACGUCUGCUAUGAGGAGUGCGAGGCAGAAGGAUCAUUACGAGACGCUUAGUGUGCAGCGGAAUGCUACCAAGCAGCAGGUCAAGGCAAAGUUUUACGAACUCUCCAAAAAGUACCACCCCGAUGCGAGCGAGGGCGAUGUAGCGAGGUUUCACGAAAUCAACGAUGCGUAUUCCAUCCUCGGCGACGAGUCCAAAAGACGGCAAUACGACCAAUCCUCCUCCACCGUCUCUUCCCAUCGCCCAUUCCAAUCCCAAUCGUACGCCAACGGCCACGGCCACUCUUCCUUCCGCCCCCACGAUCCCCAUUUGCACCGCGCAGCUCAAGGCCCGCACCGCUCUUGGAACUCGUCUUCCUACGCGCACCACCCCUUCUCCAAACCCCGCACCGAGACCUACUCGCCCUUCGGCCGGCGCACACCUGAGGGGUACGCUUAUGCGCACCAGUACAACUACUCGUUCAACCCGAAUCUCCGCACUACAGAACGGACGAACCAAGGUUGGGGCAGGCGCAAGCCGACGCAUGCGCAGAGUAAAGAAGAACAUGUGCAUUCGAGUGGAGGGGGGAUCUGGAGGUUUGUGAUCACUGUGGGGAUGAUCUUGACGGUCAUUUCGCUUGGUGGGGGACUGACGGCGACGGAGAGUAAGGUGGAUUGGAAUAAGGUGUGGAGCGAGCGGGAGGGGAAGAAGAUGGGGAGGGAACGGAAGAGGCUGAAGGAGAAGCUCGCGUGA